UCAAGGAAAAGGAAAGCUCAUUAGUUGUUGCCAGGCACACGGCGUACACCUUCAGAAAAGGUUGCUGGCCCUGUUGACGUCGCUUCUUCCUCGCUGUUUAUGACUCAAGAAGAUGAAGAGCGAAAAGAAACGAGGAGUACAAGUUUGAAAAGAAGAAAGUGUCAGGAGCAGACUGUUUCAAGAGGCUUUAAGAGUCAAGAAAAAUGACAUGAUCUGGGACAAAUGUAACAACCUGGUGCAAAUGUAUUGAUUAUAAUUUUUUAAGUUUCACCAACAAGGAGGACGCAUGCAUCACCGCAUAAACACAUACAGAAUUUUUACAAACCCCGCCCUUCUCUUCCUGCCAUUUGCCUCAUUCCUUCAUGGAAUCCUACAGCUUUCACUUUGAGAGAAUGAGCAACGUGGACCUGCAUCCUCUGAGCCUGCCAGUCAGCCGGCUUUCAACAGCCAAGUCCAGCAGCAGUAUCGCUGAACAUCUUGCCCACCAUCAGCACGGCAAGGGAGACUCUGCCUACAGCUCCUUCUCUGGUGGGUCCACUGCCCCAGAUUACCCCUCUCUUUUUUUGCCAGACGACCUACAAUCCAGCUCCUUCAGCAAUUAUGUUGACCUUAAAUAUGUAAAGUCCCUUUACCACCCUGCCCAGGUUCUGCAGUCCAACUCAAAGACUAUGGAUCAGCUCUAUCAUUCAGUUGAAGCUAUCUCACAGCAAUAUCACAACGCUAAUGUCAACCAUCAUAGCCACAACGGCAAUGAGAGUCUCCACACCGACAACAAAGCACACUCUAAACAAGAGGUGCAUUUAAGGACUCAGUCCCAUAGGGCUCAAACUCCUCCCCAUCCCCCUCCAAUUCCAGCACGCCUUGAUAGUUUCAUUGCUACUAAAAACUUGGAGAACAACAGGGUUCACACUCAUGGUACUGAAUUUCAACCCCUGCAACUACAAUCUCAACAACAGCUUAAACCCCAUAAUCGACUUCAUUCCCAGAAUGCGAGUUCCCCAAAAUCAGAUGCAGGAAGCCCAGAGAUGGGCAGAUUAAGUUCUGACCCAUUGUAUUCAGUAUGGAAAGGCUCUCAACAGGAGCAUUCACCAAUCUACCGACCACACUUCCAGCUUCAUGAUCAGACCAGGGUGAGCCCAGAACAGAUUUCUAUUGCUGAUUACAAAGCUACCCCAGAGCAGCAGAGGUCAGCAAGCAACCUGAGCCGAUCAUCUCCUCAAGGCACAAACCAACCUGAGCAACCGAUGCCCAAACAGCCCUUGGGCGGUGCUGGGUGUAAUGGAGACCAUCACAACAAAUCCAGUAGCCAUUUUGAAAGUGAGUGCAAAAAGGCACAAUUGACUCAAGAACAGCAUGGUUCAGAGCUGACUCGAGCUGCCAGUCCCUGGAACACUAGUCCAAGUUUGCUCAGCAGUAGCAUUCAACAUAAGGGCCAAUUCUAUUUUGUUACGGGAGUGUGUAAGCCUUCUGAAUCUGGUUUGAGGACACACUCUUCAUCUGUCAGUGGCUUUGAAGCGGAAAGUGACGCCUCUAUUUUGUUAAAGACCCAUCGCCUCCGAGAGAAAGAGAGAUGUCACAGCACAAUGGAUGAUUUGUUUAGACGAGACAGAUCAUACUCCUCCGGCAGCGCAGUUCAAGAUGAUGAGGUUUUUAUUUCUGCAUCUCAGAGAAAGAACUUGCCCUUCAAGAGCCAGGAGCCAGAGAAUUACAAACCACCCCUCGUCUUGGCCCAGUCCUGUCAAAGCUUGGAGACAGAAGAACGUGAGAUUGGUCGCCACACUGCCAGCAACCCUAUAUUUUACUGUGGACCGGACAAAAAAUGCCCACCACAUUCAGCAACCCACAAAAAGGACAUCUGCUACACCAAGAACGAGGAUCGUGCAAAAAGAGGGAAGCGGCAGCCCUUGGCGGAUGUUGCCAGUGAGAGGAUAAACAAAGAAACAACCCCACUUCUGUAUCACCUCACUGGAGCCAGCAGGGCAGUGACACAGCCUAAACAGGAUCCUGGUUUCCAUAUAAAUGGCAACGAAGUGGACCUUAAUGAAACAAACCUAGAAGAUGUAGCAAUAAAUGAUAAUGAAAACCCCGCGCAAUAUGACACUAGCAAGCAUGAUAGAGGAGCUACUACACCCAUUCCCUGUAGCACUCUAGAUGAUUCGUUUAAAAAGUACUACAAGGAAAAGCUGAAAGACGCUCAGUGUAAAGUUCUAAGAGAGACGUCGUUUAAAAGAAGGGACCUGCAGCUCUCUUGGCCGCACUGUAUGAAGCAAAAACCAGAGUUCAGGUCUGCAGUUAUUCACUCGUUCUCCUCAUCACAGGACUCUGAAACUUCCACAGCCACCCUCACUCCUUCAGUGACAUCUGAGGAGACAGAGAAGGGGAGCAUCAAGGAAGAAGGUUGGGAGGAUCAAAAAGAGAUUAAUAAAAUGACAGACAAGGAAAAUGAUAGGCCAGCAAAAGUGGCCCAACCCCAGGUGGCACGAAUUGGAGGCAGGAAGAGACUGACUCCAGAGCAGAAGAAGAUGUGCUUCUCUGAGCCGGAAAAACUCAACUUGAUUGGCAGCGCACCGGUCCACAUAACUUGUCGUUCUUUUGGGGAUGAGAGCAAAUAUUUGUUUGCAACUGAGUAUGAGGAAGAGGAGCCAGAGCAGCAAAGAGAGCAUGGACUAGUUGCAGCAAGAAGAAAGAUGUUUGAGACAAGAGGUCGAGCUCUGUCAGCCUCGAGCUCCUCAAAGACAAACCUGAAGCAUAUGCAACACAAGGCUCUGGUGGAGUACAUGGAGCGUAAGACGGGCCAGAAAGUGGCAGAGCCCCAGCAGGCAGUGCCUCAGUUACCACCUCCACCCAGACAGAGACACUCGCUUGGGGAAAAACCAUUUGACUGGAGUCCUCAGUCACUAUCGGGAAGUCAAGAAAUUAAAAACAUGAAGAAGCAGAACAGGCCUCACUCAGCUGGCCGGAUCUUGGACUCCCCCAGCAGCUCUAUCAGGUAUGCCCAGUUCUUCUCAGCACAGUCCUGCUCAGGUCAUUAUGCUGGCCGUCAGGUUUCAUCCAAAAAAAGGGAGAGUCAUGGUCCAUCUCAGGGAAAGUCGGCCUCAGCAGAGAGUUUGUUGGAUCAGCAUGAACCAGCUGGUUUCUUCAGGAACCGCUCCAUAUCCACACCACAUUCAUUUCAGGCACAUGACCAUAAUGAGGAUUCUCUGCUACCUAACACUAUGGAAACCCAGAGCGCCCAGAAAAGCAAAGCAGAAGAAUCCUCAGUAAAACAAGUCCCUGAAGGGCAGCAGUAUGCUAGCAAGGUAGCACAAAGAGGGAAGUCCAUGGAGGAGCUUGGUGUAUCAAAGUUAAAUAAACUGCCAGCCCUCAGUAAAAGCUCUGAGCAGCUGGAUCAGCUAAGGAGAAAUUCAAAUCGGCUUGAAGGAACAGAGAGACAUGAGAUAUGCUUUGUUGAAGAAAGAGAAGCUGCCCGGCGAGUGAAACGAAUGGAAAAAGAACCUGAGGUUGUUGGUCAGAAGAACACUCAGGAACAGAUCCAAACCAGAAGAAAGCCCCUGAUAAAGCAGAGCUCUGAGCCUGGAGAAGACGCAUCAGGAGGAGAAAGGAGUUCCAGUAGAUCCAACUCCCCAACCUUCGCUGCCUCUUCCCAUGUCAAAGUUUGCUCUUCUCCUGGGUUUCAAGCACCCAUUAUUACUGAACUCGGGUCCAAUAGAGCUCUCAAUGAGAAUUUUUCUAACCCGCUCUCCCCCAGAGGUCAAAAGAUCAGUGAAAGUGAGAAAAAACCCUCCUCAUCCAUACGGUCAAAGAUGACUUGUGAAAACACGCCUUGCUCCAGACCUGGAACUUCUACGUCUGGAUCGGAAAGGGAGAAGUCAGUGGAUGAGCCCAGCAGCGAUGCUCAACCACCUCCUUCCAAAAAUGAAGUCUCUCUGAGCUGCGGUGUCACCACCGAUCCUUCGCUGUGGCUUCUCCCGCCAGGAGAUGACAACGAAGAGGAAGUCCAGACUUCGCUACCAUCAGAGGUCUUUAACGAGUCCGUCAGCGCAGUCCUUCAGAAACAGACAAGUGAAACCUCUGCAUCUCCCUGCACGUCCGUCUCUGAUGCAGACGUCAGUCAGCAGGUGGAAAAGCAGAACAGUCCAGAAACAGAAGCUGAGAUCUUGGAAAAAAGGGACGAAAUGGAGGAGAGGGGAGCACCAGAGGGAGAGACGGAGACCCUGGACAGGCCCGUCAAGGAACCUAAGUGGGAGGAGCUUGUGGAGGCAGUGGUCAAAGCUGAUCAGUCAUUGGCCAGGGUGCUCUGUCCGCUGGCUCAUCGUAAGACGGCGCUGAUGCUGAUGGAGCAGCUGCUGUCAGAGGACACGCUGCUGAUGGAGGAGCACUACAAGAAGAAACAGGAGCAGAAAGGAGCUACAGAAAGCACUGAACUGACUGAAGCAUCUGCAUCAUCUUCUUGUCUUCCUGCUUCUGACAACCAGAAGUGUGAGUGUUCAGACGAGUUAAACAUGACUGACAUCACUGACAAGAAGCAUUUAUUAAUGUCUUGUAUAAAAGAGCGUCUGAGUUCACUGGAGGAGUCUCGUGGAGCCCUGCAGAUGGAGGUUGAGGAGAACACAGCCCGUGGGGAGGCGCUGAAGCUGCUGGUGCGUGACCUCUGUCAGCCAGUGGAGAUGGAACGGUACAACCUGUUUAUAGGAGACUUGGAGAGGGUGGUCAACCUGCUGAUGUGCCUCUCUGCCCGGCUGGCCAGGGUCCAGAAUGCCCUGAGCAUCGUGGACCAGCACACAGAUGCUGAGGAGAAGGAGUCUCUGGACAGCCGCCACCGUCUGCUGAGCAAACAGAGGGAAGAUGCUAAAGAUCUGAAGGACAACCUGGACCGCAGGGAGAACCUGGUCUCCACCUUCCUGUCCCGACAGCUGUCUGCCGAGCAGCUGCAGUCCUACCGCCACUUUGUCCAGACCAAGGCCUCGCUUCUCAUCCGGCAGAAGGACCUGGAAGAGAAGCAGAAGUUGGGAGAGGAGCAGCUCGAGGCUCUUUCCAACAGCCUCAGUCUGUGAAAGGAUGAGGAAAAAAUGAAGGAAGAGGACUCGUUUAAAAACAUCCGACUGUUAUUUGAUAAACUUUUCACUCUUAGUUUGCCUGAUAGAGGUCAGGUGGAUCACUUCAACCUG